AUGAACAAAUCUAUCUCUAAGUUUCCACAUUCUACAGUAUAUGCGCUGGAUGGCAACCGUCUGCUCGAGCUGAGGAAAGAGCUAGAACACGGAGUGUCAAGACGACCAAAAGUUCAACAAAAAGGACUAAUCCACGAAUGCCUGAAAGAAGAUGUGUACGUAACUGGACUAUCAAACUUAAAAGAGAUUAGAUUAGCCACUAAUUAUCGCAAUAAAUCAGUUGAACUAAUGACGAUGAGGAGUUACGCGAACCAAGUGCCGAAUCCUCCCCAGCGUUGUUUGGAAGCAGAUGCGGCGAACGAUGAUGAACGAGGUGAUGCCGAGUAA